AUGACAUUGUGCAAUAACUUUUUAUUCAAAAGAGAAGUUAGUUUUCAUAUGGAGACGUUAUAUUUUGACUUUUAUGCAAAUGGUGAGAUUCGUUUUUCUUCAAUAUAUUCUGGUACUACUACUACUACUACUACUACUACUACUACUAAUAAUAAUAAUAAUAAUAAUAAUAAUAAUAAUAAUAAUAGUGAUCAUCGUAGAUCCGGAGGGCACGAUUAUCGUCGUCAUACAUCUGGACAUAUACAUUCAUCGGAUUCACAUCCUCGUACAUUUAGCGGAGGAGGUGCAACACAUAGUGAAGUUGGUGAAGGCGGUGUAGGCGGUCUUGUUGGUGAUAGUCACGGUGGUGGUCAUUCUUCAUUUGGUGGUCACGAACCAGGCGGUGUAAUGGAUGCAACAUUUAUUUGGAAAUUAACUAAACUUGGACGAAUUGGUUCAUCUCGUCUACGGUUUGAUGAUGAUUUUGCUGAUAGACUUAAUUAUCAAUAUACUGGAGUAUUAAUGUUUUUAUUCAUUGGUCUUAUAGGAAUAAGACAAUAUGUUGGUAAACCUAUUCAAUGUUGGAUACCACAAGAAUUUACACGUGGUUGGGAAGAAUAUGCUGAAAAUUAUUGUUGGGUAUCAAAUACUUAUUUUGCUCCAUUACAGCAUAGUUUACCUCCAGCACCAGAUAGAGAAAUGUUACUAAUUGGUUAUUAUCAAUGGGCACCAAUUGUUAUGGCUAUACAAGCUAUGUUAUUUUAUUUACCCUGUCUUAUAUGGCGUUUAUUUAUGGCACAAUCAGGUUUCAAUGUUAGACGUAUACUACAAAUGUCAUGUGAUUCAAAUGUUCUACUCCCUGAGCAUACAAUGAAAAAUGUACGUUUUAUAGCACGUUAUAUGGAAGGUUGUAUUUAUCGACAAAGAGAUUAUCGUAAAAGAAAAUUAUCAACUAUUUUAGGAUUUUCUCCAACAAGUUAUACAGGUCUUGGACAAUCACCUCAUUUACUACAUCAUGUUCAUCAUCAACAUUAUUCUCCAGCUUAUCAUCAACAACAAUCACAAUCACAGCAACCACAUUCACAUCAUCCUCCUCCUCCACCACCACCACCUCAUUCAGUACCAUAUUUGCCAACAAGUCAAUUUCAUCAUCAAUUAACUACAAUUAAUCCAAGACAAUCAUCACCAUUAAAUGGUCAUGAUGAAAAUCGUUAUGUCAAUAAUACUAAUAAUAAUAAUAAUAAUGAUCAUCAAAUGGAACCCAUGUUAAUAUCAUCACAACGACGUAGUUCGAAUACAUCACUGUUAGAUAAAAUACGUCAUAGUUUCUCUAUGGAUAAUGAAAAUGGUAAAAAAGCUAAAAAACGAUUAGCAUCUGUAACAGAAGAACAAACUAAUGUAUUUGCUUCAACAAUGGAAACAUUGAAUUCACGAAAUAGUGGUGAGUAUCCUUAUCACACACAUCCUCAUCCUCAACAUCAACAACCAAUCAUGAUUGGACGUUUAAAAAUUGACGAUAGUCAAACACAACAACAACAACAAAAUUUAUCAUCGACGAAUUUCAACGCAACAACAACAACUGCGACAACACCAAGUUCAUAUCGUUCCACUACUAACGCUACAAUCAACAAUACAUUACCAACUACUAUGUAUCAAACAAAUAAAAAAGAUAAAACAUUUAAUAAUCAUCAUCAUCAUCAUCAUCAUUUACGUAAACAUCAUUUAUUACAUCAAUGUUCAUGUACAUGUUGUUGUGGUAAACGUCAGGGAAAUUUUUUAGUUGUAUUAUAUUUUUUUACAAAAUUCUUAUAUUUAAUUAAUAUUAUUGGACAAUUAUUUAUGAUGGAAAAAUUUGUUGGUAAUGAUAGUACAUUUUAUGGUUUUCGUGUAUUAUAUGAUUUGCUGAAAGGACGUGAAUGGUUUCAUUCGGGUAAUUUUCCACGUGUAACAUUUUGUGAUUUUGAAGCGAAAAAACUUGGUAAAAAUCAUAAGUAUACCCUACAAUGUGUCCUACCAUUAAAUAUGUUCCUAGAGAAGAUUUACAUAUUCCUAUGGUUUUGGCAUUGUUUAGUUGGUAUAGUUACAUUGAGCAGUUUCAUUAUUUGGUUCUUUCGUAUGGGCUCGUCAAAAUGUCGUGUGAAAUUUAUUCGAAAAUAUUUGAAAAUUAUGUCAGUAAUGCGUGAUACAGACAAAGCGGCAACUAGUAAAUUUGUUGAAAAUUAUUUACGUCCCGAUGGUGUAUUUCUAAUUCGUUUAAUUGCAAUCAAUGUUGGUGAUUUAAUGGCUGGUGAUUUAACUUGUGAACUAUGGCAUAUUUAUCGACAUAAACGUUUGCAUGAAACAAUUGAAGAACAGAAAUAUCUGGAUGCAUUUAGUAAUACACCUGGAGAUUAUUUAAUUAAUAACAACAAUAAUAAUAAUAACAAUAAUAUUAAUGGUUCUAAUUAUGUCGGUGAAACAAAUGAUUUACUCAUUGGAGCCACAGCACCAUCAUCUAGAUAUUCACAGAAAAAUCAUUCACCAACUGCUCCACCUGGUCAAAAUGCCAUUAUUAGUACCACGUCAAAUGUAACAUUAUCUGGAACAAAUAUUAUUAAUGCUGUGACAAAUCAUAGUUCCAGUAAUAAUGAUGAUAGUAUUGUGUAGUUAGUUCGCUGACAUUCAUUAACUUGUAUGCUUCUUUAGUCGACGAUUACUCAUUGAUAAAGAAGAAGUGAAUGCACAGUGGUAUACACAUAAUUCUGUAUAUAUAUAUAUAUACACACACACACUAACAUUCAUUGCAUACAUACACAUAUAUAUAUAUAUAACUAGUAUAUUCUUGAGUCAUUCAAACGAUAUAUCGAUUUUUUUAAUCAAUAAUUCUCAAACAGGUGCAUUUCCAUAAUCAAUAUUGUCUGUUAUGAUUAUCAAUAUUAUUAUUAUUAUU